AUGGCAACACGCGCUUUCGUUGUGGGAGUUGGUAUGACUCCGUUUUGCUCCCCUAAAAGAGCCGCAUCUCAAGCCACUGAUCCGGGUUCCGACUAUCUUGGUCUGGCGGUGGAAGCCGCUGUCAAGGCACUCAUCGACGCCGGAAUCACCUAUGACGAGGUUGACCAAGGAGUUGGAGCUUACGUCUAUGGAGAUUCAACAUGUGCUCAACGGGUCUUCUACAGCCUGGGGAUUACAGGAAUACCAAUCUUCAACGUGAACAACUGGUGCAGCUCGGGCAGCACAGCCCUAUGGCUUGCCAACCAGGCGAUCAAAUCGGGGUCCGCCAACUGCGUCCUGGUCAUCGGCUUCGACAAGAUGUAUCCGGGAGUACUUCCUCAAACGUUCAAGGAUCGCACAAGCCCCUUGUCGCGAAUUUUGGAUAUGUCGCAGGAGCAGAUACCAAAGGCAGAGAGAGGCAAGCCUUCACCUGGGUGGACUCCUCUCUUGUACGCCAAUGCGCAGUCCGAGUACUUGGUCCGCUAUUCCCUGCGAGGCGCGCAGAAGAAGCAUUUUGCUGGUAUUGCCUCGAUCAAUCGCUCCCACGGAGUAAACAAUCCUUACAGCCAACUGGUCCAAGCAGUCUCACCAGACGAUGUUCUGAAUAGUCGUACUGUGUCUGGGACAAUAACUCGACUUCAAUACUGUCCGUCGUCGGUAGGUCCAAUUCCAGGAAGUUUACUGGCUAUGCUAAUUGCCUGUAAGACUGGUGCAGGUGCUGCUGUAGUCGUAUCGGAAUCAAUUCUCGCCAGCCAUCCACACCUUGAGACUUCAGCCAUAGAGAUUGCUGGUCAAGCCCUUGCGACAGAUUCUCCAGAGUUGUUUGAAAGUCGCAGCGCAAUGGAACUCAUUGGUUCGGGUAUGACGCGACAAGCGGCCACGGCCGCGUAUGAACAAGCGGGUCUCGGUCCCAACGACAUGGAUGUCAUUGAACUGCAUGACUGUUUUACCACCAACCAGAUGUGUUCUAUGGAAGAUUUGGGGCUCGCAGCGCCCGGGGAAGGAUGGAAGCUCGUGGAGGAGAAGAGAAUUACUUGCGGGCAACAAGAUGAAAGGAAUGAUGGCGUCAAGACUUGGAUUGUCAAUCCCAGCGGUGGUCUCAUAUCUAAAGGCCAUCCUUUAGGAGCCACUGGCCUUGCACAGUGUGCCGAGCUAGUAUGGCAUCUGAGGGGCUGGACAACGAGCCGUUCGAGACCUCAGACAAAACACUGUCUUGCUCAUAACAUGGGCCUCGGCGGCGCAACAGUGGUGACAAUCUACAAGAGGGCAGAUGGACAUUUUGCCCCGCAACCGGGGAAACAGGGGUCAGUAACCGAUGGGCGCGGCAGGCUGGGUUAUAAUCCUGCAGAAGAAGCGCGUCAGAUUACGGGGGGUGACUGGAUGAGUGUGGUAUCGCAGAAGCUGGCAUUUUCUGCCUGGGCCUCGAAGAAACUGCCCUGGGUAGUAGAUAAUGAAGCUAUGUCUAGGGAGAUGAGAGCCAGGCUUUAG